AUGUUAAAAGCUUAUGCUCCAGGAAGUGCAAUGAUGUAUGAGAGCAACUGUGUUUUAAAAUUAAGAGCUGUUACAAUUUUAUUUUUAGAUUUAUUACUUUGGAAUCAAAGCAUAAAUAUUCGAAGAUAUCAAUGUGAAUUUUGUCCAUAUACUACAAAUAAUUCAUCAAAUUUAAGAAGACAUGGAAGAGUGCAUACACAAGAGCGUCCAUUUGCAUGCCCUUUGUGUGAAAAAGCAUUCAAUCAUAAACUUACUUUAGAAUGCCACAUGUAUACACAUACUGGAGAGAGACCUCACAAGUGUCAAAUUUGUUCUAAUGAAUUUACAACGAGAGGCAACUUAAAAAGACAUUUGCUGGUGCAUGAGGAUAAUGGCAUGUAUGUUAUUUGGCAUCAUCGAAACACUAUAAAUACUACUAGAAGAUAUACUUGUUCGUUAUGCUCUUAUUCUACACAUGAUUCAUCAAAUUGGAAAAGACAUAGCAAGGUUCAUACUCAAGAGCGACCUUUUAUUUGCUCUGUAUGCCUCAGAGCAUUUAAUUAUAAACAUAGUUUACUGCGCCAUCAGCUUACUCAUGAAAACAAGUCUUACCAAUGUCCUAUUUGCUUUCGUGAUUUUGUGAGAGCUGGCAGAUUGGAAAGACAUCUGCUUUUUCAUGGCCAAACUAAUGUGCAAUAAGUUGAAUAAAACUAAUUAAGGUUUCAUAGUAUAGUUAUUAUUUAAAAUCAAUGUAUUUUAUAAUGUGCACUAUUUUAAUAGGAAAAAAAUAUACUUACAGUAAUGAAUAUUUAAAGAACAUUUUCAUAUAAAAUGUUUUUAAUUUUUUUAGACUUGUAAAUUGCAGAGAUUAAAUAUGACUGUGUUUUUUAAUAUCUUAUUUUGUGCAUUUUCCUUAUAAAAAUGUUUUUAAUUUUUUUUUUAGACUUGUAAAUUGUAGAUUCUAAAUAUGACUGUGUUUUUUAAUAUCUUAUUUUGUGCAUUUUCCUUAUAAGAUGAUAACUUUUCCUCUCUGUGAACUCAAAGUAUUUUGUAUGAGAAAAGUAAUAUAUAUAUAUAUAUAUAAAUGGCACACAUUUUUAUUAUAAGAUUUAAUUACUUUAAUAAUUACCUUUCCCUUAUAUCCCAUUAUGCAUAUUGUAUAUUAGGAAUUGAAUUAAAUACUAAUAGUUUGGAAUAAAAAAAACAUUACUACAUAUUUGUAUAUUACCAAUAAUGACAGUAUGAAUUAUUAGUUUAACAUAUUGGGAACAAUAUAACAUUGGGAACAUAAUAAAUGAACAGCAAGUUUUUAAUGUUAAUUCUAACCAAGCAUUUAUGUGACAGAAUAGUAGAAUAAGAUUUUUAAUUGGUGUAAAUAUGUAUAGGUAAUUGCCUGAUGCUAAAUAUUGCCUAUGUAUAAUUUGAAAUUUAUCACAUGUCAUUAUGAUAUAUAUGUGUAUCUCCCAUAAAGUAUAAUACCUUACUGUGUAUAAUAAUAAUAAUAUUAAUGUAUUCCAUUUUGUAAUAUCUUAAUAGUAGUCUGUUAGAAGAAAAUCAUUACAAAAAAAUUCUGUGUAAGAAUAUCUUCCAUCCCAAGUUUUCCAAAAUAAAAUCUUAAUAUUUAUUUGGGAUUUUAAAAUUUUUAAAGUAAUUAAGAAUUUUAUUGAUUUGAAUUUUUUCCGUAAGUGAAUUUACACUUUGAUUCAGAGUUGAGUGUAUUUUGUAUUUAUAUGCCAUUCCCAAACUUUUGCCCAUUUACUCUUCAUUUCAAUAUGGUUUCUAAAUUAUUAUGAAUUAUAAAAAGAGGGGGAUAUAUGUAUGUAUUUUUUUGCAUGCCAAGUCAGAGUAAAGUAUAUCUUUAUGAAAGCUUUAAUUUAAAUUUAUAACAUUUUAAUAUUAAUAAUGUUUUUAAAGUUGCAUUUAUUUUGAUAUUAUCUGGAUGAAAGCAUUAAUUAAAUAUUAAAUUCCUAUUUUUUAAGUUGGAUGUAAUCGUUUAUUUACAAAUUCAAAUUUAGUUUAAUUUUGUAAUGAAAUGGAUGAACUCCAGAUAUAAUUAAGAAAUGUGACUAUGUUGAUAAUUUGUUUGGCUAUUUCUUAAGAUUAAAAUUUUCAUUUAAUUUGAGA